UUGGCAUCGCUGUUUGUCCACCUCUACCGGUCGAAUAAUAACGCCACAUCAGUUCUAAAUUUAAUUAAUAAAAACUGGGCUAAAACCAGCUAAGAACUGGUGAAAAGUGAAAUUACCUGGAGGGAAAAGCCCAGGGUUCUUAUAUUUCUUACUCGUCCGUAAUGCGCGUGGUGGAAACACCGUAAAAACGAGUGGAAACAAUGUUACGAGCCGUGGCUUUGUGUGUGUCUGUGGUGCUUCUAGCACUUUAUACGCCGACUUCUGGGGAAUCCAGUCAGAGCUAUCCCAUUACCACGCUGAUCAAUGCCAAGUGGACGCAGACACCCUUGUAUCUGGAGAUCGCCGAGUAUCUGGCCGAUGAGCAGGCGGGCCUCUUCUGGGACUACGUUUCGGGGGUGACCAAGCUGGACACGGCUCUGAAUGAAUACGAUACCGAGUCGCAGCAGUACAAUGCCGCUGUGGAGCUGGUCAAGAGCCAUGUGAGCUCGCCCCAGUUGCCGCUGCUCAAGUUGGUGGUCUCCAUGCACAGCCUGACGCCCAGGAUUCAGACCCACUUCCAAUUGGCCGAGGAGUUGAGGAGCAGUGGCUCGUGUCAAGCCUUCACUUUUGCCCAGGUGGGUUCCGAACUGGCCUGCAGUUUCAACGAGCUGCAGAAGAAACUGGAACUGCCGGUGGCCAAGGAGAGUUUGGAUGCCCCUGUUGUCACCUAUAGCUUCGAUCACAUUUUUCCGGGCAGUGAGAACAAUACCCGCACUGUGGUUUUGUACGGCGAUUUGGGCAGCUCCCAGUUCCGCACCUACCACAAGCUACUGGAAAAGGAGGCCAACGCUGGCAGGAUUCGUUACAUCCUGCGUCAUCAGUUAGCCAAGAAAGACAGGCGACCAGUACGUCUUUCGGGCUAUGGAGUGGAACUUCAUCUGAAGUCCACGGAAUACAAGAGCCAGGAUGAUGCGCCCAAACCUGAAGCGGGUUCUACUGCCGAUGAGGAUAUGGCUAAUGAAUCGGAUGUCCAAGGAUUCGACUUUAAAGUCCUGAAGCAGAAGCAUCCCACACUUAAAAGAGCACUGGAUCAACUGCGUCAGACACUUCUUCAGGGAAACGAUGAGAUUGCCCAACUGAAAGCCUGGGAGUUCCAGGACUUGGGUCUCCAGGCCGCCGCUGCAGUUGCCGAAAUUCAGGGAGAUGAAACUCUGCAAAUACUUCAGUACACUGCCCACAAUUUCCCAAUGUUAGCCAGAACUUUGCUGGCCCAUAAAGUUACAGACGGCUUGAGGGCGGAGGUUAAGCACAACACGGAAGCAUUUGGACGAAGCUUGAAUGUCGCGCCUCCUGAUGGUGCCCUCUUCAUCAACGGACUGUUCUUCGAUGCAGACACCAUGGAUCUGUAUUCGCUGAUCGAGACACUGCGUUCGGAGAUGCGUGUUCUCGAGAGCCUGCACAGCAAUAAUGUGAGGGGUAACCUAGCCAGUUCAUUGCUUGCCCUGGAUCUUACGGCCUCUAGCAAAAAGGAAUUCGCCAUCGAUAUCCGGGACACUGCUGUGCAGUGGGUUAACGACAUUGAGAACGAUGCCCACUACAAAAGAUGGCCCUCGUCUGUAAUGGAUCUGCUGCGCCCAACGUUUCCUGGCAUGCUGAGAAACAUCCGAAAGAAUGUGUUCAAUCUGGUUUUGGUGGUAGAUGCACUGCAGCCCACAGCUAGGAGUGUAAUUAAACUGUCCGAAUCGUUCGUCAUUCAUCAAGCUCCCAUCCGCUUGGGCUUGGUGUUCGAUGCGAGGGAUGCCAGCACGGAUAACCUUGCGGAUUAUAUAGCCAUCACUUGUGCCUUCAACUAUGUGAGCCAGAAAAAAGACGCCCGAGCUGCAUUGAGUUUCCUUACUGAUGUCUAUGCGGCAGUGGGGGAGACCAAGGUGGUCACGAAAAAGGAUAUAGUGAAGCAACUCACGAAGGAGUUCAGUACCCUCAGCACUGACAAAGCUGAGGAGUUCCUGGAGGAGGAUUCGACCUACGACUAUGGCAGGGAGCUGGCAGCGGAGUUCAUACAGCGGUUGGGUUUCGGAGACAAGGGUCAGCCACAGGCUCUGCUGAACGGUGUUCCCAUGCCCAGUAAUGUUGUAACCGCAGAUAGUGACUUUGAGGAAGCCAUUUUCACCGAGAUCAUGACCCACACAACCAACCUGCAAAAGGCCGUGUACAAGGGAGAAAUGACGGACAGCGAUGUGGCCAUUGACUAUCUGAUGAAUCAGCCUCAUGUCAUGCCCAGAUUGAAUCAGAGAAUUCUCAGCCAGGAGGAUGUUAAAUAUCUGGACAUUAAUGGUGUGGCCUACAAGAAUCUAGGUAAUGUAGGAGCUUUAAAUCGCUUGUCGAAUCGGGAUAUGACCGCCACUUUGAUGGAGAAUCUUAAAUACUUUGGUGGCAAGAAGUCUACGGAACUUAUAGGCCGCUCAUCGCUGCAGUUCCUUACUAUUUGGGUGUUCGCCGAUUUGGAGACUGAACAGGGACGAGCUCUGCUAACCCAUGCUUUGGAAUAUGUACAGAGCGGCGAGAGUGUGCGUCUGGCUUUUAUUCCGAAUACCGAAAGCGCUUCCGGAUCUGACAAAAAGAAUCUAAAUCGCCUGGUUUGGGCUGCCAUGCAAAGUCUUCCACCAAUUCAAGCCACGGAGCAGGUUCUCAAGUGGCUGAAGAAACCAAAAGAAAAGAUUGAGAUACCUUCACAGUUGGAAGAUAUUCUUGGUUCCACGGAACUGCACUUAAAGAUGUUGAGAGUAUAUUCCCAGCGUGUGCUGGGUCUGAAUAAAUCUCAGCGUCUGGUCAUCGGUAAUGGAAGGCUGUAUGGCCCGCUGUCCUCGGAGGAAACCUUCGAUAGCGCUGACUUCGCUUUGUUGGCCAGGUUUAGUUCCUUGCAGUAUGGCGACAAGGUCCGCCAGGUAUUAAAGGAGUCUGCUCAAGAUGUCAGUGAGGAAUUCACAAGCGAUACAUUGCUCAAGCUAUACGCAAGCUUGCUCCCCAGACAAACUAAAACUCGUUUCAAGCUACCUACGGACUUGAAAACCGAUCACUCUGUUGUGAAACUGCCGCCCAAACAGGAGAAACUCCCUCAUUUUGAUAUUGCCGCCGUUUUGGAUCCCGCCUCUCGUGCAGCACAAAAACUAACGCCUAUUCUCAUUUUGCUCCGUCAAGUGUUGAACUGCCAACUAAAUCUAUAUCUGAUCCCCGUGCCCCAGCACAGCGAUAUGCCCGUAAAGAACUUCUACAGAUAUGUUGUGGAACCAGAAGUACAAUUCGAAGUGAGUGGCGGAAGAUCCGACGGUCCCUUGGCCAAAUUCAGUGGAUUGCCUGCCAACCCUCUGUUGACCCAGCAGCUGCAGGUUCCCGAAAACUGGUUGGUUGAAGCCGUACGAGCAGUUUACGAUUUGGAUAACAUUAAGUUGACCGAUAUUGGUGGACCCGUGCACAGCGAAUUCGAUUUAGAGUACCUGCUCUUGGAGGGUCACUGUUUUGAUGCUGCCAGUGGAGCUCCUCCCAGAGGAUUACAGUUGGUCUUGGGUACCCAGAGUCAGCCCACUCUUGUAGACACAAGUAUGGCUAAUUUGGGUUACUUCCAAUUGAAGGCCAAUCCUGGAGCUUGGUCACUACGGCUGCGUGAUGGAAAAUCCGCGGAUAUUUAUGCUAUAAGUCACAUUGAAGGACCUAAUACCCAUCACACCGCUGGUUCAUCUGAAGUACAGGUGCUGAUAACCUCUCUGCGAUCCCAUGUCGUUAAGUUGAGGGUAUCCAAAAAGCCAGGGAUGCAGCAGGCGGAACUCCUGGCAGAUGACAACGAGCAGGCGGCUCAAUCAGGCAUUUGGAACAGCAUCGCCAGCAGUUUUGGCGGCAGCAACACUAACCAGCCAGCGCCUGAUGAGGAUGCGGAAACCAUUAACAUUUUCUCGGUGGCAUCGGGACAUCUCUACGAACGCCUGCUGAGGAUCAUGAUGGUUUCGCUGCUGAAACACACAAAGUCUCCCGUAAAGUUUUGGUUCUUAAAGAACUACCUCUCCCCGCAGUUUACCGACUUCCUGCCUCACAUGGCCAGUGAGUACAACUUCCAAUAUGAGUUGGUACAAUACAAGUGGCCACGUUGGCUUCAUCAGCAAACCGAGAAACAGCGGACCAUUUGGGGAUACAAGAUCCUCUUCCUGGAUGUGCUCUUCCCGCUGAAUGUUAGAAAAAAUUUUGUGGAUGCCGAUGCCAUAGUGAGAACUGAUAUCAAGGAACUGUACGACCUCGACCUCGGAGGAGCGCCCUAUGCCUACACGCCCUUCUGCGAUUCCCGCAAGGAGAUGGAGGGCUUCCGCUUCUGGAAACAAGGAUACUGGCGAAGCCAUCUGAUGGGCAGGCGUUACCACAUUUCCGCUUUGUAUGUGGUGGACUUGAAGAGAUUCCGCAAGAUUGCAGCAGGAGAUCGGCUGAGAGGCCAAUACCAGGCCCUAAGCCAGGAUCCGAACAGCUUGUCCAAUCUGGACCAGGAUUUGCCCAACAACAUGAUCCACCAGGUGGCCAUCAAAUCUCUGCCCGAUGAUUGGCUAUGGUGUCAGACGUGGUGCAGCGACAGCAACUUCAAGAGUGCCAAGGUGAUCGAUUUGUGCAACAACCCACAGACCAAGGAGGCCAAACUCACGGCCGCCCAGAGGAUUGUGCCCGAGUGGAAGGACUACGACGCAGAACUGAAGACCCUGAUGGCUCGGAUCGAGGAUCACGAGAAUUCGCAUGGCAGGGACUCGGCUGUUGAUGAUUCAGUUGACGAUUCGGUGGAGGUCACUACUGUGACGCCUUCUCAUGAACCUAAACACGGCGAGCUGUGAUCAACGCGUAGUUAAAUCAACUUGUUUAGUGAAUUUAAGUCAGAUAUCGAUGGAUACACACUUGAUUACUUAGCUAAGACCCAUCCCCCAACAUUGCGACUAAACAUAUUUGUACAUUUUAAUUAGAACUUAAUGCGAUUGAUAACGUAAAAAGAAAAACAGCUCACUAAAGUCUGAAAUGUUCUUUUAACUCGAUUUCAAAAGAUUUUCUUGUCUUGCAUUCCAAGAGCUAUGGCCACUAAUUAAAUUAAGCUGAAGUUCAAUGUCAUUAAACUAUAUACACAAAGAAGGCGUCCUUAAGUUGAAAAGUUUUUCAAAUGUAUUAAAAGUUGAAGUCAAUAGAAAUUAAAUUCAAAGUAUUUUAUUUACCAUUUAUUUGGGUUGGUCAGGCAUCUUCUUGCUGAAAAAGCUUUGACGUCUCAUUAUGUUAGGUGGCAACGCCAAUUUUAAAUAAAAUGUACGAAAUUGUAUAUAUAUACUUUAUUUCUUGUAAUAUUUCAAA